AUGGAAAGACUGCUCAUCAAAGAACAGGCCGUCAUCGACGCUGGGGUCUAUCUCAAUGAGUUAGCGCCUCUGAUCAACAAUGUCCUGGCGAGCAAUGAGGUGGCUAAACAAGAUGAUAUGACGGGUUUGGCGGAGCUGAAACAUUGGGCCCAAGAAAUGCGCGAAGAGAAAACAAACAUCGCUCCUUCGAGCUUCUCGUUGGGUGUCGCCGGUUCAACAGGAGCUGGUAAGACAUCGUUGCUCAAUGCUCUCCUGGGAAUUCAUGAGUUCCUUCCUUCGAGCUGUGAGCAGGCAGCUACCGCAGUUGUGUGCCAGGUCUCCUGGAACCAUGACAUGCGAGCUGGCUUUGAAUAUCGUGCUGAGGUUGACUUCCACAGCUACGCAGAAAUUGAACAACAAGUGGAAACGCUCUUCCAAGCUAUGUCUUGUCUCGAGGAAAUUGAAGACCGCCACGACAAUGACGAGGACGCGAGGAUUCAGGACCAGGCUGAGGCGCAAGCCGUCAUCGACGAUGUCCUUGGUAAGGUACAAGCUGUCUGGGGAACUGGUCUCUCCCUCCAAGAUUUUCGAGAAAUGACUGCCGAGAAUCUAAUGGAGUCCAACAAGGACGUACUCAGACUUCUAGGGACGACCAAAAGCCUGCACGACUCGGAUCCUGAGAAGCUGGCUCGGCAGGUUCGCCCAUACUUGGACUCUACAGUCCAUAACCACGGGAAAGAAGGGAAGCAAUUUGCAGCUUGGCCUCUGGUCAAACAAGUCCGUCAAUUCCUUCGCGUGGAUAUUCUGAAGAACGGAAUUAGCUUGGUGGACCUCCCUGGGCUGGGGGACAUGGUGCAGAGUCGAGCAGCAGUGGCUCAGCAAUUCUACGAAAAGCUGUCAGUGACGAUCAUUGUAGCCCCAAUUAUUCGCGCGGCUGAUGAGAUGACGGCCCACUCUCUUCUUGGGAAUCAACAAGAGUUGCGACUUCAGAUGGACGGCCGAUACCACAGCAAGGGCUUUGGGUUUGUUCUCACGAAAUCCGACGACAUCAAUAUCCGUGGCCAACUCGCGCGCUCGAAAGAGGUACGGAAUCAACCCGAAACAAUGGCGAUUCACACCAGGUCAAUAGCAUUAGUGGCUGAAAUCAAGGCCCUCGAGAAUGAGGCAAAGCUCGAAGAGAACGCAUUCAAAAAGAAGAAGAAAAGGACUACGAAAGCCAAGAGUCAGGUAGACCGUAUGGUGAAACGGCUCCAGAAGGCCAAACCUAGGCAACAAGAGGCUCUCAAGCACGAACUCCAGGUCCUCAAAUCUGCGAAGUCUGAGGCCAUACGGGGUUUGGAAGAAUCACGCAAGAACAUCAUGCACAUUACCGAGCAGACAGCUCGGAAAAACAGAUCCCGAGCGUAUAUGGAGUCAAAACUUGCUUAUCUUUGCACUCGGACUAGGAACGACAUCGUUCAGUCACGAAUUCAGGAUGACUUCAGGGUCCGACAAAAGAGGUUUUAUGGCUCCAGGAACAUUCAACAGCAAGCAAGUCCUGAAAGCCUUGUUGAGGUGAUCGCUGUCAGCUCGUUAGCAUUCUGGCGGUUGAAGAAUGAAGAAUCUCACAUUCCCGGAUUUCCUCGCGAGGCCUACACUGGGAUCCCCCGAGCAAAGCAAUGGCUUUGGGAGUCUACCGCUGGGACUCGUGAAGAACACCUCGAUACCGUUUUGAACAACUAUUCCAAGCUAUUGAACUGGAUCCGCCAGUGGUCACAGGACGAAGACGAGGAAGCCAAUAUUGUCUUUACGAAACAGGACAUCGACGAAUCACUGCAAACAGUUCACAAUAAUAAUCUAGAGUCCCUUCGGUUUGAGCUGUCUUCUUUUGAAGACGACAUUGGUCGCAUUGACCCUCUGCACAAUAAGGAAAAUAUUCUUCGAGACUGUGCCGCCAAGGUUCACAGGGUCAUAGGUCGAUGGCAUCUCAUGAAACCCGACGACCUUACAUGCACAAACGCCAUGCAUUACAUGACCCAUAAUGCCAUUUUGAAGAGGGAUGGCGCCAGCUAUACAAGCCCAAAAUCCAAAAUCAACUAUGCUUGGGUGCAGAGUCUUCUGAAGACUCUGAAUGUUGACUUGGCUAGCCCAGUAGAACGCAGCCUGCAGGCCUUUGUCCCGAUCAAAGAUAUCAUUCGCGAUGAGAUUCGCAUGGCUCUAGAUCUGGUAUCCAAAGAUGCUGCCUCGACUCACCCACGUCUUUUGCUGAGUCUCCAAGACUCGAUGGCUCCAAUUUGCCAUAAAGCACUCAACCAUACAGGACCGGGUUGCUUCAAAUUACGCAAGGACUUCAUCAAAGCUGAGGGAGCUCGCCAGGGUGGGAAGAUGUUCCACAGAGCCCUCGUCGUGAUGGAGCGGAGACUGAGGCUCAGCAAGCAGCGAUUGCCGGAAAAGUUUGAUAAGAUUAGCCAAAAAGCCAUCACAGCCGUUGAACGACACUUGAACGCUCUAUUUGAGAAUAUUCUCACCGGAGAUUCUGACACUAUCUGCAACCGAGACAGAAAGCUGAAAGUCAAGGCAGAGGCAAGGAAGCUGACAGUGAAGUGGCAAGCCGAUUGGAACUCUGGAAGAGAACUCCACGUCGAAGACACUAUCAACCCAGAGACUCCGGAAGAAUUUGAUGCGGAAGACACCGACAGCCUCGGGGGUGACUCGGCGGAUGAUGGCGAUGGCUCAGAUGACGAAGCCAUCGACGUUGACGACGAGGAGCAAAACAGUACGCAGGCGGAACCGACCCCAAAUUUCGGGCUAUCACCGGGCGUGUGA